CUUGUGAUUGGCGUUCGCUCGCCGAGCGCUUUCUGAUGAGGAUCCCCGUGUGACAGCCCUGACGGCCUGCCGAGGAGAGUUAGGACAGCCCGAGGAGGCGCCGCGGCCUGCAGGGCGGUGGAUGGAGAAGCUAUGGACGGCGGUGGAGGAGGGCUGGGAGGCGAGGCCGGGCUCCUGCAGCAGAUCCUGAGCCUCCGGCUGGUCCCGCGGGUGGGAAACGAGACAGUAUGCAAAACCACCCUGUGCUCCUUCCCGGAGAUGUGGUAUGGUGUAUUCCUGUGGGCACUGGUAUCGUCUCUUUUCUUCCACAUACCUGCUGGGCUGCUAGCUCUCUUUACCCUUCGACAUCACAAAUAUGGAAGAUUUAUGUCAGUUGGAAUCCUGCUUAUGGGAAUAAUUGGGCCAAUAACUGCUGGGAUUUUAACAAGUGCUGCCAUAGCAGGGGUAUAUAGAGCGGCUGCCAAGGAAAUGAUUCCCUUUGAAGCUCUAGUGCUAGGUGUGGGACAGACUUUCUGCGUUCUCAUUGUUUCAUUUUUAAGGAUUUUAGCAACUUUGUAGCCCCACGGGGCUUUGCACACCACUACAAGUGAAAUUCCAGAGUAAAUGCAAGCAUGCGUACUACACACAAGGGCCUUGUCCAUCAUCUACUACGGAACAUCCUUGUCAUUCACUUCUGGAAUAUACGAAUGUAAGACUACCUUCGGAACAGGUGAAAAACGCCUACAGUCUUUUUGAUAAUGGAUCGAAUUAACAUAGAUUGCAGGAUCUAGAAUUCAAGCCUUUUCACCUUGGAAAACAGAUUACUGUGAAUUUAAGUUAAAAAUACUUAAUGCAGUUUUAAAGUUGGUUUUACUGUCCGUUUUGACUCCUAACCUGGAUUAAUGUCAAUGCUUUUUACUGCUGUUUGCCUUGAAGAUAAAUUGUUUUAAGCUGAAAAUGCUACUGCACAGAAACUGCCUCUCAGCUCCCUAUGUUUUUACUUUAUAUAUAUUUUUUAAAAUAAGAAUUAAAAUGUUAAUAGUACACAUUGUAUCAAUUACAAUACGAAACUCCAUUUUGCUUUCCUAAGGAAAAGGGGCACUUUUAAAAUGUUCUUUUAUCUACGAUCUUUGUAUGCUGCUACAAUGUGCAAAAUAUUUUUUGUUUGUUUCUGGAGAUGUAAGUGCACCAGAAAUGUGUUUUUUACCGGUCGAGGAGUGGUAAUUGCUGUUUAUUGUAAAAAUUGCAAAGCUGUAUCUCCUUACUUCUGAGAAAUUUACCAUGUUUUCUACUUCAUUAAUUUUCUUUAUGUAAUUUUCUGAAUAUUGUUGUUUAGAAAAGGAAAAAAUAUUAAUAGGCACUCUUUAGGCUGUAGUAUAUUUGCCCCUAACCUCCUUCAAAUUGUAAUAUAUAAAAUGCAUUGUAGACCGCCUAAGUUACAAAUACCUGAAAAAUACAUGAGGGAAAGAAA